CGCGCACGGUUCGUGGCAGUAAUAACGGGAACGGUAAAGUCUCUGUACCGUAUCGCGAAACUGUGCUUAAACGAUGUAAGAGUGAAUAACGUGUCGUACAAAUAAACGAUUGUUCCGUUUGGACAAGGAAUCAUUGGGAUACGGUCACGAGAUGUUAAAUCGUGAAAAAAUACGCGAUGUAUUCACCGUUACCAUUAACGAGAAUCACCUGCUAAAUCUUCGUACUUGCCGAUGGCCGAUCGUGGCCGCUAGUAUAGCAACGGCCAUCGUGAUGAACCGCUAACGUUGGUCGAUGACAACACAUCGAAUCUUAUUAACUUGAGUCACGUGCGAUUUUGUUAUUAAUUAAUUUACAGUUACCGAGAGCUCGGUUCGUUCGCAUGGGAACUUGUUACUUUCCGAUAUCGGUUUUUAUAAGUUUACAUAGCAGAACUUUAUCUCGAAACUUUGUGCCCGUUGACGAAACUCGUCGCAGGUUUCAUUCGCAAUUUCGUUCUUUUGUGAGUUCGAUAUUUCGCUGUUCGUAGGUAGUUACAUAUGAUUCGAGAAAACGUUAACACUUUGCCGUAUGAAAGUUAUGUCAGACUACCGACUUUCUUUUCUCGUUGGAUGCUUGAAUUGGUUGAUUUUCCUUGCCGGCUCCACGGUUGUCCAUGAGAACGCAACGGAAAUCGAUGUCGCUCCCAGAAUCUUAUCGCGACCCAAGAGGUACUUGAUUUUUCCUCAGGGUAGUAAUUUUCAGUUAGUGUAUUGUCUGACUAUCGGAGCGUACGGCCGUGACGGUGAUUUGGUGCUGGGACUGACAGCUGCCUUAGCCUGGGAACUUCCGAAUAAGGUCGACUCAAAGAUAUCGAAUUUGCUUCACCGUAGAAGCCGGAGCGUCGUAUAUCCGAAAAUGGAGGCUUUCUUGCAAUCCGCCGGCCUCGACGGCAGAUCCUGCGUGAUGAGGGCACUCUGCGAGGCGGGCCAACGAGAUUCCUCUCAAAUAGGCACAGGAUCCUUCAUUCAAGAGCUCCUCCACGCAAUUUUCACAUUGCCAAGGGACGGUGCUACAUUCGAACGAUCGGAGGACCGCGCUUACGAUCGCGCAUACGAGACGGGCGGAAACUGCGAACGGAUGUAUCCCACGUGUCGACACUCCAUUUACGACGUGGACUUUUGAAGUUGCGGCAGAAGCUGCGACAGUCCCCCUCAUCUCGCCUACAAAGCCGCGGCGUCCUACAAAACUGCGGAACGCAAAUCUGAUGGGAAACUUGCCGCGAAGUGACGACCAAGUUUUUUCUGGCAGCCAGCCCAAUCCGCGGCGAUUUUUCUGCUUGACGUUUCGGUGGUUUCGCGCGUUAUUCCGCGACGCAUCCGACUGACGGCUGAUAAAACGAUCGACCUGUUGUGCUGAUGGUUUAUCGUCGUUACGAACAUUUCAAAUGUGUCGAUCAAAUGUGAUAUCGUUUGUUCUUUAUUGAAAAAGAAGAGACACAGCUAUGUGAGAGAUGUAAGCUCCAUUCGUCCAAUAUAUCAAUCGUAUAAAAUUUGAGUUUGUAGAUACGUCUGUCAUUUUGAAAAAGAUUAUUUAAUUUAAUUAAAUAUUUUUAAUUUAGUAUGUUUUAAUUAGGUAUAUGUUAACAUUA